GCUGUGGCUCAGAAAUAAAGUCCGGCAACUAUCUGGAGCAGCAUGACUCUUCUAACACUUGGACUGUGUCUGCCGCUGUGGUUUUGUUAUGGCCUGGCUCAAUCCUCAUUUCUGGACAGCUUUAUUUCAUUCCCAGCCGCUCUCAGAUCCCUGGAGCAGCAGAAGAGAUUCAGCCCGUGCUGUUUGCUGAGUCCUCCUCCACCCCCGCUGUUUCCUCCACCCCCUUCACUUUGGCGCCGCCACACUCAAGAUGAAGGCCGCCGAGAUAACGGUGCUGAGUCUGGGUUGGACAAUGGGGACAAAGGUUCUCCCUGCGUCCAAGGCCCCACCGGGCCUGCUGGUCCCCCCGGACCUCAGGGGCCACCUGGUUUACCUGGAAUAGGAGGGCCUAAAGGAGAAAAGGGAGAAAUCGGAAGACCUGGGCAAAAGGGACGGACGGGGCCUCCUGGAUUUCCUGGGGCGCGGGGACCACCUGGAUGGCCAGGACCAAGUGGGCCCAAAGGUGAAAAGGGUGACCCGGGGUUAAUGGGUUUGCCUGGAUCCAGAGGACCAAUUGGCCCAAGGGGUCUGCCUGGGUAUAAAGGAGAAAAGGGUUCUCGAGGUGACCGCGGUGAGAACGGAGUGAAAGGAGAUAAAGGAGCAAUGGGUUUCCCAGGAAUGCUAGGACAAAAGGGGGAAAUGGGUCCAAAGGGAGAACCUGGGAUCUCAGGAAACAGAGGACCCACUGGUCGACCAGGGAAGAGAGGCAAGCAGGGGGUGAAAGGAGACUCAGGAAGUGUCGGCCCCAUGGGACCGGCAGGCCCACAGGGAACUCCAGGCCACCCAGGUCCUCCUGGUUCACCCGCCACAGGACUCUACAUGGUCAACACAAAGGGGGCUCGUGGUCCCCCGGGGCCUCCUGGAAAGUGUAGCUGCAGCUCUAUCAGUGGUCCUUCCGUUUAUGAUUAUCCAUCCUCAGGAAGCCAUCCCAGAGUACCAGCGAUCUUCGUGGUGAGCAACGAGGAGGAACUGGAGCGCCUUCAGACAGACAACGCUCUCGCAUUCCGGAAAGACCAGAGGUCUCUCUAUUUCAAAGACAUUGACGGCUGGCUGCCCAUCCAGACCUUUCCAUUCCAGAUGACGCCCUUCCAGUCCAUGGAAAAUGCACCUGAUGAUGAUGGUUACUGUGGAGACGGGAUAGUGCAGAUCUCCAUUGGGGAGGAGUGUGAUGACAGAAACAGAGUCGUUACCGACGGCUGCGUCAAGUGUAAACACGCCUACUGUGGAGACGGAUACCGCUACGAGGGGGCCGAGGAGUGUGAUGGAAAAGACUUUGGAUACCAGACAUGUAAUUCAUAUCUUCCAGGGUCGUACGGCCACCUCAAGUGCACGCCGUACUGCGUCAUCGACUCCACGAACUGCAAGUACUUCACUUGAGGAGGAGUCUGGACUCUGGCGACAGGAUCCUCUGUGUGCUGUUUGCUUGACACAUAACGAGAAUGUUUUCAUGCAAAAAAAAAAAAAAAAAACAAAAAAAAAAAAACGAACAAUAAUGCUUCAAGCAAGAGACUCUGAAGGAGGAGGCAGCCAGUGAUUCUCUGGUGAUAGAAAGAACACAACUUAUUUAUACACACAUGUAACUCAUCCGUAUUGCUGCUGAGAUGCCACGUAGCUCCCCUCGGAGUUCCAGAGUCGGUCAGCGAAAGGCGAAAGAUCCACACACAAACACGAAAAUGCACAGGACGACCGCGCUCUGUCUUAAACAAGCGGGAUUUCGGCAGGCCUCCUCGCCACGCGGCCCCCGGGGGGGACGCGGCCUCCGGGCGCGAGUAAAAAGCUGCGCGGCGGCCGUGCAGGGACUCAAUCGAGCGCUGGUGGGAGGUGUUGCGGAGGAGCGGACGCUGGGGGCGGAGAGGGUAUUAAUCUUGACCCAGUUACUGCUGAGAAAGAGAGGCAGUGGGACAUCCCGACCCAUGGCCACAGGUAUUCCGCUGCAGCGUGAAUGACACAGCAUUUGCAUGAGGCUGGGAUAACCGAGACCACGACAGCAGCUGUCACUAUCCAAGCAUGUCACCUAUCACGUUACUUAUUAUUGCCACGACGACAUUUUGUACUGUUUACUUUUAAUAUUGCAACAUGAUUUUUUCUGUUCCACAGCGGAGAUAAAACUAGGCACAUAGUGAGAUCAUACGAGAAAGGAUACACAUAUAUACAUAUACAUAUAUAUAUAUAUAGCGAGUUAUGCACUUGAAAUAUUUGUGAGACUGUUAAACCAGGGCCGCACAAUGGCCCUGAGACUUCAUUAGCCCGUGAUAGUACUGUACUUGACAAGGUUUCGUAAAUCCAAGCAACUUCUCAGGAACUGACAGGUCAUGUAGCUCCACACGGCACCUUUCACGCAUACCCCUCACUCCCCCUCUUUGUAAAUGAAACGGCCGCGACUGUACGCCGAGGCACGCAGGUGACUCAAACUCAAAGCUUUAAACGACGUGCGGCCCCCGUAGAAUCUCUCCCAUGUGCUUCGGGGGACAAACGAAACACACUGUAUGCGAAGGCUUGAAACUGUUGAUGUUCUUAACUUGACUCACCGCACAGGAAAAAAAAAAAAAAGGCUGGAGUAGUCUGUAGCUGCUAGACGGGGAGGAAUUCAAAUUCCAGUCUGUUUUAUGGUCAUUACUGUAUUUACUCUGAUACCUCUUUAUCCAGUCUUUUCUGUCUUACACUAUGUAGAAUAGCAACCGAGAAGCUCAACAGUAAACUUAACGGUGUAGGUGUAGCGUGCCGCGUUGGGCGCCAGUGUUGAAAAUGACUGUGCUGAUAUAUAAGCUGACGUUUUCCAUAAGCUUCUGUAACGAGUCCCAGUGCCAAGGGAGAGAUUUUUUCUCAGCAUUACUUAGAUGUACUAUAAAGGGAUUCUUCUAUUUAAAAAAAAAAGAAAAAGAAGCAAUUAAAAGAAUAAAGACUGUUAACACGUUGUGUCUGCAUGCUUGCAAAAAUCACUUCCACUCGUCAACCUUUGUUUCUGUAACCCGCUCGUCACGUAUUCAUCAGCCAUCAGCAGGCGUCUUAAGAAAUGUCAGUCUUGCUCUGCCCAGGUACUGUCAUGUGAUUACCUUUUUUUUUUUUUUUUUUUUCGUGGUGAACCGUGCCAUGCACAAAGCUGAAAAUACCUUUUUGGAAACUGUGCUGAAUGUUGUAUCUGUGGCCUGUGCUGCUGCUGCUGCUGCUGCUGCUGCUGUGCUCUGUCCUGUACCGUGUGUAGGCACAACAGUGCUGAAACGUGCAUGUGGUAACGUACUGUAAGGCUUCCCAAAAGUGUAGUUAUGCACUGUGACAGUUUUUUUUUUUCAUUAUUCUGAUAUGAUUUUUACUGUAUUUGCGGACAAUUUGAAAAUAAAAUGGGACUUUGAAUGGUU